AUGACUGUUCCUUAUCUGAAUUCAAGCAGAAAUGUCACAUCUUACUUACAAACACAUUCACAUCAAGAAAAGACUUUAAAAGAAAGAUUUAGCGAAAUCUACCCUAUUCAUGCUCAAGACGUAAGGCAAUUCGUGAAAGAGCAUGGAAAGACAAAAAUCAGCGAUGUUCUAUUAGAGCAAGUAUAUGGUGGUAUGAGAGGUAUUCCGGGAAGUGUAUGGGAAGGUUCCGUCUUGGACCCAGAAGAAGGUAUUCGCUUCAGAGGCCGUACUAUUGCUGAUAUUCAAAAGGACUUGCCAAAGGCGAAGGGAAGCUCACAACCAUUACCAGAAGCUCUAUUUUGGCUAUUGUUAACCGGCGAAGUUCCAACUCAAGCGCAAGUGGAGAAUCUAUCAGCUGACUUGAUGUCGAGGUCCGAAUUACCUAGUCAUGUUGUUCAGCUUUUAGACAAUUUGCCAAAGGAUCUACAUCCAAUGGCUCAAUUUUCGAUCGCUGUAACUGCUCUAGAAAGCGAAUCCAAGUUUGCCAAGGCUUAUGCCCAAGGAAUAUCCAAGCAGGACUAUUGGAGUUACACUUUUGAAGACUCACUAGAUUUGCUGGGGAAAUUGCCAGUUAUUGCAGCUAAGAUUUAUCGUAAUGUCUUCAAGGAUGGUAAAAUGGGCGAAGUAGACCCAAAUUCCGACUGUGCCAAGAAUCUAGUCAACCUAAUUGGUUCGAAAGACGAAGAUUUCGUAGACUUGAUGAGACUUUAUUUGACUAUACAUUCAGAUCACGAAGGUGGUAAUGUGUCUGCUCAUACAUCUCAUCUCGUCGGUUCUGCAUUAUCAUCACCUUAUUUAUCCCUUGCAUCAGGGUUGAACGGGUUGGCUGGUCCACUACAUGGGCGUGCUAAUCAAGAAGUGCUAGAAUGGUUAUUUUCACUUAAAGAGGAAGUAGAUGAUGACUACUCUAAAGAAACAAUCGAGAAAUAUCUAUGGGAUACUUUAAAUGCAGGAAGAGUAAUUCCUGGCUAUGGACACGCUGUGUUGAGGAAGACUGAUCCACGUUACAUGGCUCAACGUGAAUUUGCUUUGGAGCAUUUUCCAGACUAUGAAUUAUUCAAGUUGGUCUCAUCAAUAUAUGAAGUAGCUCCACGCGUAUUAACCGAGCACGGAAAGACCAAAAAUCCAUGGCCAAAUGUGGACGCUCACUCCGGUGUUCUAUUACAAUAUUACGGUUUAAAAGAGUCUUCAUUCUAUACUGUUUUAUUCGGUGUUUCAAGAGCGUUUGGUAUUCUUGCUCAGUUGAUUACUGAUAGAGCCAUCGGAGCUUCCAUUGAAAGGCCCAAGUCUUACUCUACUGAGAAAUACAAGGAAUUGGUCAAGAACAUUGAAAGCAAACUAUAA